AUGAACCUUCAAGAAGCGAUAGCAGCUGACAAUGUUGAUGAGCUAUAUCGCUUAUUAGGGCAGCAGGGAAACCAAGAUCUCUUAGAUUGUGCACCUGAUGGCCCCUUCCCAACCACUCCACUACACGAAGCCGCGGACCAGGGAAAAACUAAAGUGGCCGUGGAGAUAGCCAUCUUGAAGCCGUUGUUCACUCGAAUGCUGAAUCGGGGGGGUCACAGCCCCAUGCACUUGGCUUUGAAAAACAGGCAUUAUCAUAUUGCAAGGGCAUUGAUGGCUCUCGAUCCCGAAUUGAUACGAGUCCGAGGACAAGGCGGGAUCACCCCUUUGCAUUUUGUAGCUAAGGAAAAAGGAGCCAAUGAGCAAGAGAACGUGGAGUUCGUGGAGCUCCUGGCCAAAUUCCUUUUUGCUUGCAAAUCGUCUAUCAAAGACUUGACGAUCCAAUGCGAGACUGCAGUUCACAUUGCCGUAAAAAACCACAACAUCAAAGCAUUCGAGGUUUUGUUUGGAUGGCUUAAGCAAGUUUGUCCGACGGAAAUCUUGGAUUGGAAAGACGAAAAUGGUAACACCGUCUUAGAUAUUGCUGUGUCUAAAGGGCGGUUCGAGAUUGUGGACCAGAUCAACCAUCAACAAGCAAUAGCAGCUGAUAAUGUUGAUGAGCUAUAUGACUUAUUAAAGCAAGCGGGAAACCGAAAUCUCUUAGAUUGUGCACCUGAUGACCCCUUCCCAAAUACUCCACUACACAACGCCGCGGAGCGAGGGAAAACCGAAGUGGUCAUGGAGAUAGCCAUCUUGAAGCCAUCGUUCACUCGGAUGUUGAAUCGAGGGGGUGACAGCCCCAUGCAUUUGGCUUUGAAAAGCAAGCAUUAUCACACUGUGAGGGCACCGAUGAUAUUGGACCCCGAGUUGAUUCGAGUCCGAGGACGAGGAGGGAUCACCCCUUUGCAUUUUGUAGCUAAGGAAAAAGGAGCUGAUGAGCAAGAGAAUGUGGAGCUCGUGAAGCUCCUGGCCGAAUUCUUAUGUUCUUGCAAAUCAUCCAUUGAAGACUUGACAAGCCGAUAUGAGACUGCGGUUCACGUUGCCGUCGAGAACCGCAACCUCAAAGCAUUCGAGGUUUUGUUUGGGUGGCUUAAGCGAGUCAACCUAACAGAAAUAUUAAACUGGAAAGACCAAGAGGGUGACACCGUCUAUGAUAUUGCUUCAUGCCCAGAGUCGCAACCCGAGAUCAUCAAGCUGUUGAAGGGGAAUAAAAAAGAAGCUGGGAAAAUCAAGCUGUUGAUUGCAAAAAUGAUACGCGGUGCAGCAUGUGUAGCAAAUUGUUGUCUCAAAAUCUCUAUAUCGCAGUUUUUAAGCAUGGAAUUAACUACCUUUGAGAGGUGGAAAAAUAGGUUCAACCUCGAAGAUGAAUCUGCUCGGACCAUAAUCACUGGAAUUGCUACCUUAAUCGCGACUGCCACUUACCAAGCCGCUCUCAGUCCUCCAGGAGGAUACUGGGGGGCCAGCUCUUCAAAUCCCCCAGCCAAUUCCACUGUUGCCACUGCCAAUUCCAGCGGCAUUGCUGUUGAAAAGCCACAUCAAGCCGGAAAGAUUAUCCUGAGUGGUGAGGAUCUAUACUGGUUCGCGGGCCUCAACACUACGAUUUUCUUGGCCUCCAUCGCCACAAUUUGGAUCACAGCUAUUCCGGGAUUGCCGCACACUCUCCCGGUUUACCUGCUGACGUACUUACUCAGUGGUGCCUACCUUGCUACGGCUAUAACUGGAUUCCCGAAAUCCGAUGUGUUUGGAGUGAAUAUCGCAGCGGGACUUUGUAUAACCUUGCUGCUUGUUGGGUCGACGGUCCCUGCGUUCUUGUGGUUGAACUACUCCAUGAACAAAUUACGAGUCCGGAUAGAUGCCCCAGGGAGAUACGUCCACGACUUCCUUGAAUUGAAGGAUCGGAAAUAG